CCGGACACAUCGUUAGGUCUGGUCCUCUCAGCUAGAGCCGUUGGCGUGUUGGCAGUUGCCAAUUGGCGAUAUGAGAAGUUUGCAGUUUCGAGACUGUAUUCACCGAAUUAUUAUGUCAUUACAUUUUCUAUAAAUAAAUGCAUAGAAUUCCCAUUAUGACUUUCGAACAUUUUUACUCAAAUAUCAUAUAUGUCCGUAUUUCUGGACAUAUCUGAUAAAAAAAGUAAAUAAUCAGAUGGAUGCAUCUGGUAUCGUUGGAGGUGUAGGCUGGCCGCGGGCGGGAAAUUCAGUCCAGGAAUGAAUUUGAAAUCUACGGACCUACUUCGCACUCUUCAGCUCAUCCUUAGUUUUAAUGAGCAGAUGUCUCGAGAUGACAGCACCAUUCGUCGCACCGUUUCCAGAUUUGCAAGUCAAGCUCGCAACAUUAUAAUGAAUGUUCAUCGUUACUUCAGCUCACAGUGGGGAGCAGACUCAAGAAAUGAAGUAUUUGAGAAGACCGCCAAAGCUACAGGAGUGCCAACCAACACAGUGAAAAAAAUCAAGCGACAGUCAUCUGAGUGUGGUAACGUCCCCUUCGCUUCACCUGUAUAUCCCAGGAAGAGGAUCCGAGUGAAGGACAAGGUGGAUAGUUUUGAAAAUGAGUGUAUUCGGAAGGAGAUUUUGUCUUUUUACGAGAGAGGAGAGCUCCCAACGUUAGAUGCCCUACUGGAAAAAGUGAAGGAAGACCCGGUAAAGUUUAAUGGUGGAAGAACAACGUUAUGGAAAAUUGUGAGAGGGCUUGGAUUCCGGUACAAAAAAGUGACGAGUGGAAGAGCAAUUUUAAUGGAACGUGAUGAUAUAGUGGCAGCGAGAACUGAAUACCUACGGUUAAUUGAAAAGAAUAGGAAUUGUAGUGCAACUGAACGUAAACCUAAAGUAUUCCUUGAUGAAACUUGGAUAAACCAAAAUGAAUGUGUACGUCAGUGUUGGACAACGGGUGAAGGAGAAAUAGGACCCAAACUUAAGACUGGAAAGGGGUUAAGAUUUAUUGUGGUGCACGCGGGGAGUGAGAAGGGGUUUGUCAAAGAUGCGCUAUUGUUGUUUAGGUCAAAAAAUGGUGCCAAAGGGGACUACCAUGAUUCUAUGGACCAUGAAAGGUUUUUAAAGUGGUUUAAGGAACAACUAUUGCCUAAUAUAGAAGAUAGAUCUCUAAUCAUAAUGGACAAUGCUCCCUACCAUAGCAAAAUAGAAAAUAAAGUGCCAACAACCAGCAACAGAAAAAGUGAAUUCAUAGAGUGGCUUUCUUCUAAUAACGUCACCCACGACCCAUCAGCAACAAAGCCAAAAUUGCUGCAGAUUGCCAAGUGUCACAAAGAAAAACAGAGGUAUGUGAUAGAUGAGAUAGCCCGUGCAAAUGGUCAUGAUGUGCUCAGACUGCCACCAUAUUAUUGUCAGUUUAACCCCAUAGAACUUAUAUGGGCUCAAAUAAAGGGGGAUAUCAGAAAAAAUAACUCUAAUGCAAAUCAAUCUUUGAAAACUGUUGAGCAGCUUACGAGACUGGCGAUAGACAAAGUUACAACAGAACACUGGAAGAAAUGUUUUCACCACGUUAAGAAAUUAGAAGAUGAUUAUAGGAGGAAAGAUGUUGCUAGAGAGCAUAUGUUUGAAAGUUUUGUUAUUGACAUUGGAGAUGACGAAACUGACAGUGAUGAUAUUGAUAUUAGGGAGGAUGACACUGACCGUGAUGAUAUUGAUAUUAGUGAGGAUGACACUGACAGUGAUGAUAUAUAUCAAUGAUUUUCCAUUAUUAUUAUUUUUUUUUUUAAGUUGAAGACCUAACAGUGUUUCUAUAGUUUUCCAUUUUUUGGAUAGGCAAUUUCAUAACUACAGUAUAUCCAUAUGAGUUUCCUUUUUUUAAUAUUUAAUGGCAUAACAAUGUACAUAUCUGUUUAUAAAUUCUUUUUACUUGGUUUUAAUAGAAAAGGGGAUAUCAAUGUAUCUUUAUAAUUUCCCAUUCUUUUUGUUCCAAUAGGUAAUGACAUGACUAUGUAUAUAUGCACGAUUUUCCUUUAUUUAUUUUUUAAAUAAUGAUGACGUAAGAAAAUUUGUAAAAUUUUAAUUUCUUUUUGUUCAUAUCGAUAGCCUAAUGACAUACCAAUGUAAGCCUACUGUGUAUGACUUUCUUUUGUGUUUAUGACAUAAUAUAUCUGCAUGAAUUUCCAUUCUUUUUGUAUAAAAAGAUGAUGAUAUAACAGUCUUCUGAUUAGUCUCAUUAUCCUACAUGUACUAUAUAUAUAUACGUAUAUACAAUUAUGCAGGGCUGUGGGAACGGUUACGGGAGCUAUUCUAACUCAGGUAUGAAUUAAGUGAUUCAAGAAUAAUCAACUACCUCAGGAGAAAACUAAGCAAAUUUUUCCUAAACAUUGUUGUAGACAUGUUUUCAAGUGUAACAUGUAUAUAAAGGAGAUAAACAUUCUGGUGUAAGAGUAACUCAAGCAAUUCUGAAAAAGACAGUAUAUUAUAUUCGUUACGUCGUCAACAAAUUUUAUGGUAAGAAAUAAACAUCUGUACUUUUGUUUAUUGAGUGAACAUAUGAAAACCAUAAUCUUUUGAUGUUAUUGGCCAGAGAAACAAGUUCUGUUAUUUAUCAGUGAGCCUCAUAAAGCAUGUACAUUUCUCACUUAGACUAAAUUGAAGCCAACACCCAGAUGCAUCCAUCUGAUUAUUUACUUUUCUUUUUAUCAGAUAUGUCCAGAAAUACGGACAUAUAUAAUAUUUUAAUAAAAAUGUUCGAAAGUCAUAAUGGGAA